AAAUCAAAACAGUUUUUGAAUUGGAUGAGUUUUUCAGAUCAUUAGUUUAGUGGUUGGACAGGUGGAUUGGUUGAAUAUUAUGUCAUCAGACCAACAAACCAACUUAGUACAGUAAUUUCCGUAAAGUCGUUAAAGCUGGACUUCAGGAGCCAGGAUCCUCUGGACCACAACUCCUUGUCUGCUCUUGGACCAGGGGUUGUUCAUAGGUGAGAUUUAUGGAUCAUACUUGUAUAAUACGUGGGGUUCAUGAAAUCCUACCUAUGAGUGAUGUGGUGCAUCCUCUCCAGUGGAUCUGUCCCCGGACUUCAAAGGAUGGUACGAGUCAAGGGAUCGAAGCAUGGAGGACUACUUGUAUGGGGAAUUAAGAGAUUAGACACAGAUAGUCAAAAGUUGAGUCCUUAUUUCGAAAGUUUAACCAAAUCUUUCACCAUUGAAGCUUUUCCUUUUCUCAAAGUUUUCUCGAGGUUUACAGCCAUUAGCCGAUUGUUUAUUGUUGUUCCUCUUGUUGCAGUGUCUCCUUUCUUCUGCCAUUUGUUGCUUAAUCUCUCGUGCCAUUUGUCAUCAUCCUUCUACUCAUGUUCUUAGUGGUUGUUUUCCUUUGAAAUCUAAUCUCCAUGUUUUAAAUUAUGUUGUUUUUCAUUACCUUAUGAGUUGUCUUAGAUUGAGAUUAGUAAUGGACUCAACCCAAUCUAUGUCUGGGCCGGCAUGCAGUUCCACCAAUUGAUCUAUCGGUCGACUACUGAAAUCAGAACAAUUGCAUUCCAUGUCGAGGAGCACAGAACCACCCCACCAUUCAGUGCUGGUGAGUAUCAAAACCCUCAAAGUUUUGUCCACAGAUUGCAAAACACCAAGUAGUGGCAUCAGAUGUACCAAUUUUACGCAAGUUUUAUCCAUCUUGCUGUCUCUUUGUAUGUGCUCGAACUUUAAGAGGGUUGGCAUUUGAAACUAGGUCCCUCAACCUGGGUGGCAGGCAACCAUUAAAGUGGUGGGAUCAGACGAUUGGGUCCAUGCCGGUUGAUGUAGAUCGGCCAUCAUCUAUGUCGCAGGUAGCUAUCGAUGAUAUGAUAUUAGACUCGAUCCAAUAAUCGAAAAAUUGAUCUACUUUUAUCUAAAAUACGAUACCAUUUAGAUGGAGCAUUAACAAACUUACAAUACAAUAUUGUCGUAAGACGAACUAAACAUUGCGAAACUCACAGCUCCUAUACAAGCAUUGCUUAGCAUGGAGGACAAGUGGCCCAAAGGUUACUUGAAUCGAAUUCCUUGCUUGGUAUGAAGGUUAAUUUUAAUACAAAGUGAAUCACUUUUUAAUGUAUAAUUAAGCUCUUAUUGUUCCAAACUCUUCCUCUUUGUUUUUCCAAGUCUACAAAAGGGCUAUUAAUUAUAAUAUCAAUACUUGACUCCAAGUCUUCAUAUUUAUCCAAUAAAUAAGUAAAUUGAAGUCUUCACAAUAAAGUGUCUUCAUUAACAUUUGUUUUAACCAUAACAUUUAAUGAUGUUAGGUCAUUACCCAAAUCACUCUCAUUCAAUGGCAAAUAGACUUAUGAGGGUAUGAUAUUUUAAUCAUAUGUUGUUUUAUUUCUCUUACAAAUGCCUUGGAAUGAAUAUGAGGUAUACGCAUUACCUUUUGCCAUAAGAGUACAUUGUCAUCCCUAACUCCACAUAUUACCAAACCCAUUAGCACCUCUAUAGGCUUUUAUAAAUACUAACCACUCCUCUCGUUCUCUCUCACCCGCUGGCUGCCCUCUCGCACGCACGACGGCAUGCGGGCCCCCGCAGGUUUCACCGCCGACGGUGACGGCGCCUCGCUUCUCUCCUCUCCUCCAUCCUCCUCCGCCGCUACUGCCGGCGGCGGAUCCCAGUCGGCGUGGCACUCGCCGGUGCCGUAUCUCUUCGGCGGGCUCGCCGCCAUGCUCGGGCUCAUCGCCCUCGCGCUCCUCAUCCUCGCCUGCUCCUACUGGAAGCUCUCCAGCUACCUCGACUCCAGCUAUCUCGACUCCAGCGACGCCGACGACGGCGCAGAAGGCCCCUCCACGGACCACCAGAAGCGCGCCGGUGGGCCCGCCGUCCUCGAGGAGCGUUUCCUCGUCAUCAUGCCAGGAGACGACGCCCCCACCGUACUCGCCAUCCCCAUUUCUAAACCUUCCUCCGCCAACUCCUCCGCCACGGUGACCACCGACCAAGGCAACGGAGAACCUUCCGCCAGUGCGGUAACCUGACCGGGGGACGGCGCUGGGUAACCCGCUUAUCCCUUUCGUGUUCGUGUUCGAGUUCUUGUCGUGUUCAUGUUCAUGCGCGCAUAAUUAAUUCGGGAAUGUAAAUUUGUGAGUUAAAUCGAUAAAAAAAAAAUUCGAUGGUU